UUUUGAAAAUCAUAAAAUUCAAUCCCCUCUUAUUGAAAGCAAGUGAUUUUCCCUGAUGACAUUCAGCAAAUCCCUAAGGGCUGUGAUGAGCACGCUGCAUCCCUUUCUCUACCCCCAGAGUCUCUACUAAGUGAAAAAAAUUAUUUUAAUGAGAAGCACUAUGUUCUCUCCAGGGUGCACCUAAAGUAUCUACAGAAAAAGACACCCUGAGGAGUAGGGUCGGCACUCCCUGAACUGGCUGAGAGGUCAACUAUUUUAAAUAGGCAUUGCUUCACAAGAGUUUGGCGCCUGGAUUCUCCACCUCCAGUAGUCCUGGGCGGGGGAUGCUCCAGGGGCGGUCCACAGCUUGCGAAGCCUGACUUGAGCCAGCCCAGCUCCGCCGCCGUGGCCCACUUCCCAGCCCUAGACUGUACCAAGGCUGUCAGCCCCUAGUAGAAGCCACACCCGCGUGGACAGCUCACAGCUACUGUUGGGAUCCGGGCAGGGGACUGAGUCCUGAAGGCGCACGGACCGUAGGUUCGUACCGAAGCACAGGAGCCGAGCCUCGAGCCUCCACCGCCCGGUAGGCUUCCGAUCUACGGACGCUCGGUCUCUCCCGGCCAGGUCUCCAUGCGUAGCACCCUCUUGGCUUCCGCAGUUCCCGGGGAUGAGGCUCAUCCGGCCUGCCGGACUAGGUCCGCAUGGCCUGCUCCCUGGGGAUGCAGGAUUUGCCAGCUCUCGCCGCGGAAGACCCCCAGACUUCAGUGCAGCCCCGGGGCCGCGGCGGUGGCGGGCCUAGAGCACCCGGAACCGUUUCCGGGGCGGAGGCUUUCUCGCAGCUGACCCGGCGCGGGCCGUGACGCGCAGGCCCAGGCGGAAGUGCGGGCGGAGGAUCCCGAGCCGGAUCCCGAGCCGGGCGCUGGGCUCGGGGCUCGCUGGGGCGGCUGGCUCCCGCGAUGGCGAGCCUAUGGUGCGGAAGCCUGCUGCGGCUGGGCUCGGGGCUCAGCAUGUCCUGCCUAGCGCUGUACGUGCUGCUUCUCGCGCCGCUGACAGGCGCUGCCAAGAAUUUUGAAGACGUGAGAUGUAAAUGUAUCUGCCCUCCCUAUAAAGAGAAUCCUGGGCAUAUUUAUAAUAAGAAUAUAUCUCAGAAAGAUUGUGAUUGCCUUCAUGUUGUGGAGCCAAUGCCUGUGCGGGGGCCUGACGUAGAAGCAUACUGUCUACGAUGUGAAUGCAAAUAUGAAGAAAGAAGUUCUGUCACAAUCAAGGUUACCAUUAUAAUUUAUCUCUCUAUUCUGGGCCUUCUGCUUCUGUACAUGGUAUACCUUACCUUAGUUGAGCCCAUCCUGAAGAGACGCCUCUUUGGACACUCCCAGCUGUUGCAGAGUGAUGAUGACAUUGGGGAUCACCAGCCUUUUGCAAAUGCCCAUGAUGUGCUGGCCCGCUCUCGCAGCCGAGCCAAUGUCCUAAACAAAGUGGAGUACGCACAGCAGCGCUGGAAGCUUCAGGUCCAGGAGCAGCGAAAGUCUGUCUUUGACCGACAUGUUGUCCUCAGCUAACUGGGAACUGGAAUCAAGGUGACUAGAAAAACCACGGCAGACAACUGGGAAGGAUUGACCGGGUGUCCGUGCAUUUUAAUGCCCUGUUUGUUUUUACAAAUCCUUGCUGGAUGGAGGAAGACUCAAAACUGGAAACAAACCCUGUGCUUAGUGUUUUUCUUGUUAAUGUAUUAAUAGAGACAUUUUUAAAGCACACAGUUCCAAGUCAACCAGUAAACCUUUUCCUACUUGUGACUUUUACUAAUAAAAUUAAGCUGCCUGUGAGUUAUCUUAAAGUCCUCUGCCUGGAACAAGCUCUCUUUCUCACCACACAGUCCUAACUUGGUGUUCAAGGUAAUUUCCAGGCGUGGCUGUGCUUCUCUUUCGUGUAGUGGGAGAGGAAGGGACGCCUUGGGAGUGCUCGAGUAGCUCUCUCAAGUCACUUUUCCAGACAGAUUGUGAAUGCAUCAGACCCUCUACUUCACACUCAUUAAUGUCCCAGUGUAGCUGGCUCCUCAGCUUGCUGGCCUCCCCACUUGACUUUUGCACUGACUACAUUACCUAAGAUUCUGGUUGGCCUGUGGCUCCAUUUCAUGACAAGUUGGAUCUGAAAUGCCUGGCGGCUCCUCAUGCCAUGAAGAUUUGUUUCGUGCACUGUGAUGUCUGAUGCAACAUGUCCUAGAACAAACUGGCCAUUUGCUAGUUUACACUAUAACUAAACACAGUCUCAGCGUGUGUGGUCUUCCUCAUCUUCUAGUAGCUCUAAGGACUUGAACAUUUAGAAUAAAGACAUUUUCUCUUAAGCCCAAGCCUCCCUGGAUGAGUGACAUACACAUACUGGUCAGCCUCUCCUGUCUUGCUGAGAGGCAACUCUUUGAACUAAUGUGGGCAGCUUUGAACUAGGACUAGGGUUCAGAUUUCCUCUCUCUGAGAAGUCUAACAGUUAUUGGAUAACUGGCUUUUUUCUUCCUACAUCCUCUUUGGAAUGUAACAAUAAAAUAAUUGACAAAGCC